CCCGAUCAUCGCCAAUUGAUCGUGCAGGAGCUAAUGGUCCCCCUUGCGCAGCUGGCCGACGAUCUCCCACUCGAGAUCGUCUUGCAAAGCGACGACAACCAGGUCCCGCACGUUCUCACACAGACCUUGGCGCCAUAUCUUCAGUGGUCGGCGUGCUUGGAGGAACUAGGAAGCGGCAGCAACCCGCCAUCACAACGCGGUUAUCUGGACCCCCACGAGAUAGUCGACCUCGCCUUCUUUCAAGAUCGGACAGCUUCCGAGAACGAGGGAGUAGAGAUUGAAGCCGAAGAAGAAAGCUCGGAAGAAGAAAAAGAAGCAGAAGAAGAGACCGAAGAGGAAAAAACUCCCGAAGAGGGGAGUUACAGUGAGCACAGCGAAGGCGAGCAAAGUGAGGAGGAGGAAGAAGAGCAAGGCGACGAAGAAGAAGAAGAUCAAGAGGAGUUGGAAGAGUCGGAGUGGGAAGGAUUCAAGGACGAAGUGUGUGACGAAGCUCGGGCGCAGGCCCAAGCACAGAAGAGGGAAGAGAUCGCGGCCGGGAAGCGACAACUGGAAUUCGCAAGCGCAGCCGGUCAGCCGCGCAUCGAUGAUCCGGCCCGAGAUCCGGAGCCACCUAAGCCCGAGGAUGGAGAGACAGCUGCCGAGACUUCGGCCGCACCGGCAAGACGGCGACGAAGCCGAUCCCCGUCCCCCUCCGCCGUCGACCGCCCACCAACUCGUCCACGUACCGAUGCGGGGCAUCGGGAUUCGUCCCUGGUCAUUAUCCCGCCGUCCCCUUGACCACCUCUCUUUCCGACAGAUUUCUACUCACAUCACCUUCCCCGACAAUCCCUUCCCCAUCGACACCU